GUGAAGGUGAAGGCGGUGGUCCUUAUCCAGGAGGUCCAGAGGAUCUUCAAGAGGUCAGUGCUACAGAGGACCAAGUGGAACAACAAAAUGGCCUCCUACAUCGACCACGAGACACGACCACGUCAAAAGCGACUACCGCUUCAAAGAACUCAAAAAUGUCAAUACCUCCGGGAUAUCGAUAUGCUUCAACAAAUAAUAAACAAGACACCACAACCACCACGACUACCACGUCAAAUUCGGUAAGAUCGUUUGACAAGUAUCAGCAAGAUGGCAUUAUUCUGUUGACUAAAGGAGCUGACAACUCUAUGUCUGAAAUCGCGUCACCUGAGCAACCUUUGGAGGAAAGUAGAUGGCUGGACGAACAUAUCUUGGAUUUUGCUCAUAAGGGGUUGAUUAUGAAACGACGCAAAAAGUGA